CAAACUGCGCCAACUAACCAUCGCCUUGCCAUUCUUUGUUACAGACAGAGAAUCGGAAAGAUGCUGGUAGAAGUGUUUCGCACUGCCGCCAACAAUGGGACGAGGCUUAACGUCAACGAAGUCAUGCAGUUGGUGCAACAGAUCGUCGAAGAUCCUGACAUGCAAAUCCGACUGGACCUAAUAGAACAUAUCCCACACGUGGCGACGAUCUCUCGCAGCACGCCGCACGAGGAACUUAUCUACGAUUAUGUGAUCAGCAUCAUUAUCAGAUAUCUAAAAGAUCAAGAUAAUCAGGUACGAAUGACAGCACAGACAGCAGUAUUGCUGCUCACUAAAAGAGGGUUCUUCGAUAACGCCACGAUAGAGACCAAAUUCUGCCCCGUUAUAGAAUCUUUGUGUACGUCCGCCGAUUUCUCUGGCAUCUCUCUCAUGUGCAAGAUGGCACCGCUUAUCGGUAAAGAGAUGACGGAACGGAUCUUUCUGGACAAAUUCAUCGCUCUCUGCGAGGACGACGAAUUCUUCAUGAGGAAGGUUUGCGCGUCGCACUUUGGUGAACUGUGCGCCGCUGUCCGCAGAAAAACUCUUUUCCGAAAAUUGUUUCCGAUAUUCGUCGAUUUGUGCUGCGACGAAACAUGGAGCAUCAGAAAAGCGUGCGUGGACGUUAUGAUGCCUGUCUCGUGCUGUAUGACCCUCGAGCAUCGUCGAUUACUGCUGGCGGAUCUUUUGGCCACGCAUUUGAACGACGAAUCGAAAUUGGUGCGAAUGUCUGCCUUUCAAAUUUUAGGACCAUUUAUUUCUACGUUUGCGAAACAAUUUACCGGAGUUACUUAUAAUCAACAGGGCGAACUAGUGUUCACCAGUCAACAGGAUAAUCGUUUCAGUAUAAGGUAUUUGUACGAAGGAAUAUUCCCGAUGAAGUGUGCGGUACGAAGUCACACACUCGACGCGGAAGAUCAUAAUUCUAAAGAUAACUCGAAUUCAUCUGUGAUAACGCAAAAACCAAUUCUCGAAGAGGAGGACGACGAGGAGGACGAGUUUCAGGAAGACCAUAUUUCCACAAUGAGAGCUUAUAAGUCGAAGGUACGACGCGUCCAGCCUACCCUUCCACUGGAUGACGAACUCGUCGAAGCUGCCAAAAGAUCCGCCGCGCAGAACAACGUUGAUUGGAAACCGUUGGCCACUGUUACAACCGCGUCUACUAAAGCGUCGUUGUUGGAUGACGUACUAGAAGAAGAUAAAUACCCAGCGGACAAACUCGAAGAGCUUGUCGAUCUGGGCGAUCAAGAGAUCGUGCCUCAGCAUCUGAUCGAUUCGUUCCUGACGAUGGCCGAGCCGGACCAGUGUUUUGGCGACAUGGGCCCGGAUAUCCCUCACCAUUGUGCAUUUAGUUUUCCCGCGGUUGUACUUACCUUGGGGAAAGAUAAUUGGAAAUACCUAAAGCAUGCUUACCAGUCCCUGGCGAACGCGAAACAGUGGAAAGUGAGGCGUACGGUAGCCUCCAGCAUUCACGAGAUCGCUAUCAUACUCGGGGAAGAAUUGACUGUCAGCGAUCUAAUCCCAAUCUAUGAUGGAUUCAUCAAAGACCUGGACGAAGUUAGAAUAGGUAUGCUCAAGCAUUUAGCGACGUUUUUGAAAAUACUCAAGCCUGCCGUUCGGGUCCAGUACCUACCAAGCCUGAAAGAAUUCCUCGCCACCGAUAACGAAUGGAACUGGAGAUUUCGAGAGGAGCUGGCCACUCAGUUGUUGGAAAUUGUAAAUCUGUUCGAUCCUGUGAACGUUGAUCGGUAUAUCGUCCCGUUGGCUCUCGAGCUAUUGCGCGACAAGGUCGCCGCUGUGAGACACGUUGCACUCUCUUUGAUGACGCAAAUAGUAGCGCAUCUUUCAGACAACAAACGCCUGGUGAAAGCGCUGUUUCGAAAGCUCAAGUCCCUCGUAUACGCAAAAAAAUGGAUCAGAAGACAGACGUUUGCCUCCCUGUGCGCUAAAAUAAUUUCAAACAACGCCAUCAGCGGAGACAGGUUUUCGCAAGAGAUGUUACCUACCUUGUUAGAAAUCUCUUCUGACAAAGUACCAAACGUGAGACUAGUUGUAGCAAGGACUUUGUCGGAGAACGUUGUACCUAUGGGGUCAGAAUGGUUGGGAGUUAAGGAAACAGAAGAAGUGGAGAAGAGACUUACUGAAAUGAGAUUAGACCCAGAUAGAGAUGUUCGAAUUUUAGCCGGUGGCGAGGAUAACGUACCAUUAAAUAUAUUGUCGCAAACGAAAACUGAAGAAUCAAGGAACAUAAUUAUCGUAAAAAUAAGUUCAAGUUUUUCACAAAAAACAUGUAUCAUUCAGUGUAGUGAAUACAGAAAAGAAGUGCAACUUAAUAUUGUCGUUAAUGAUCAGAGGACUGACGAUUUCUGCUCUCUUUUAGGCAGGAAACAAUUGGAACUAGAUCUAUUAACAGAUUUUAAGUAUCGAUGGUCAAAAGACAUUAACGCAGUUAUAUAA